CGGUUCAUCCGCCGAAGCUUUAAAUACCAGUUGCCCCAAUCGUCUUUCAUAUCAUUCUCACACUCAUUUCUCUUUACAUUAUUUCUCUCUCUAAACCCUUCAAAACUCUACUCAAUCGCCAUGGGUUCUGACAAGAAGAUUAGAAUCGGAAUCAACGGAUUUGGAAGAAUCGGUCGUCUAGUUGCUAGAGUUGCUCUUCAGAGAGAUGAUGUUGAGCUUGUUGCUGUUAACGAUCCUUUCAUCUCCACUGAUUACAUGACAUACAUGUUCAAGUACGACAGUGUUCAUGGCCAAUGGAAGCACAAUGAACUUAAGGUGAAGGAUGAGAAAACCCUUCUCUUCGGAGACAAGCCUGUGACUGUAUUCGGUAUCAGGAACCCAGAAGACAUCCCAUGGGGUGAGGCCGGAGCUGACUACGUGGUGGAAUCCACCGGAGUCUUCACCGACAAAGACAAAGCUGCUGCUCACUUAAAGGGUGGUGCUAAGAAGGUCAUCAUCUCUGCUCCUAGCAAGGAUGCACCCAUGUUUGUUGUUGGUGUCAAUGAGAACGAAUACAAACCUGAGCUUAACAUUGUUUCCAACGCCAGUUGCACAACCAACUGUCUUGCUCCUUUGGCUAAGGUGAUUAACGACAGAUUCGGCAUUGUUGAGGGACUUAUGACAACUGUCCACUCCAUUACAGCCACCCAAAAGACCGUUGAUGGGCCAUCCAUGAAGGACUGGAGAGGUGGAAGAGCCGCCUCCUUCAACAUCAUUCCCAGCAGCACCGGAGCUGCCAAGGCUGUUGGCAAGGUUUUGCCAGCUCUUAAUGGCAAAUUGACCGGAAUGUCCUUCCGUGUCCCAACUGUUGAUGUCUCAGUUGUUGACUUAACUGUUAGACUUGAGAAGAAGGCUACUUAUGAGCAGAUCAAGGCUGCUAUUAAGGAGGAAUCAGAAGGCAAAUUGAAGGGUAUUUUGGGAUAUAUCGAAGAGGAUGUUGUAUCCACCGACUUUGUUGGUGACAGCAGGUCGAGCAUCUUCGAUGCCAAGGCUGGGAUCGCUUUGAAUGACAACUUUGUGAAACUUGUCUCGUGGUAUGACAACGAAUGGGGUUACAGUUCACGUGUUAUUGAUUUGAUUUGCCACAUUGCAUCUGUUGAGGCCUAGAAGCGUUAAAUAUUGCGGAAUGUGUUGGUUUUUGUUUUUUUGAGUUUGAAUAAGGGAAAUCUUUUGUGGAAGGUUUUUACUAGAGAUUUUUGGAAUAACGCUGGUACAUGUGUAAUGUCCUGAGGAUGAUGAUCGGGACUUCUUUUUUGGUUUUUUAGUAUGCUCGAUUGUACUUUUUUGUUUCGAGCUUUUAUCUGUUUAUUUCUUAGUAAAAAACACAUUUCUCAAUUGUAUCUGUUUCCAAAUAUGAUUCAGUUUGGUUGAUAUA